GCCUAACCCAGGAUUGGCGCUGAGGUGGCACGCGGGGCAGAAGAAACAACCAGACUACUACCUCUGGGUGACUGGUGAUGAGAAGACCUCAUGAGCUCAACUGGGAUGUUACACCAAACCACAUAAAAUUGUUUUUGGCAGAUGUUUCUGAACCAAAUGAAGCUCGAGGAGCCUUCCAGCUCUAAGAUAGCAGGAUAGUGAACUUCUAAGUCCGGAGCUGCAGAAGACUUGCCGUGCCUCCCAGCACAAUGUCAGGUGGAAGCAGAGAAUGGACUUGGAAAUGGGGAAGCCACACACCUGCCAAUGGCCCCUUCUCAGCCCUGACUCCAAGCAUAUGGCCCCAGGAGAUUCUGGCCAAGCACUUGCAGAAGGAGGAGUCAGCAGAACAACCAGAGUUCUACUAUGAUGAGUUCGGUUUCCGUGUGGACAAGGAAGAAGUUGCUGAGCCUGGCUCACAUCUGCUGGCAAGCAGUCCUUUGACGGAGGACCCUCCGCAGAGGCUACGGUGGCAGGCCCACCUGGAGUUCACCCACAACCACGACGUGGGGGAUCUCACCUGGGACAAGAUUGCAGUCUCCCUGCCCCGCUCUGAGAAGCUCCGCUCCCUUGUGUUGGCCGGCAUCCCACAUGGCAUGAGGCCACAGUUGUGGAUGAGGCUUUCUGGGGCCCUGCAGAAGAAGAGGAACUCCGAGCUGUCAUACCGCGAGAUCGUGAAGAACAGCUCCAACGACGAGACCAUUGCUGCCAAACAGAUAGAGAAGGACCUGUUACGCACAAUGCCCAGCAAUGCCUGCUUCGCCAACGUGACCAGCAUCGGGGUGCCCCGCCUGCGCAGGGUCCUCAGAGCACUGGCCUGGCUCUACCCAGAGAUCGGCUACUGCCAGGGCACGGGCAUGGUGGCUGCCUGCCUUCUGCUAUUCCUGGAGGAGGAGGACGCCUUCUGGAUGAUGUGUGCCAUCAUCGAGGACCUGCUCCCUGCCUCCUACUUCAGCACUACCUUGCUGGGUGUCCAGACUGACCAGCGGGUCCUGCGCCACCUCAUUGUCCAGUACCUGCCUCGCUUGGACAAGCUGCUUCAGGAACACGACAUAGAGCUGUCCCUGAUCACGCUGCACUGGUUCCUCACAGCCUUCGCCAGCGUGGUGCACAUCAAGCUGCUGCUGCGCAUCUGGGACUUGUUCUUCUACGAGGGCUCCCUGGUGCUGUUCCAGGUCACCCUGGGCAUGCUGUGCCUCAAGGAGGAGGAGCUGAUCCAAUCAGAGAACUCGGCCUCUAUCUUUAAUACGCUGUCAGAUAUCCCAUCGCAGAUUGAGGAUGCGGAGCUGCUGUUGGGGGCAGCCAUGCGGCUAGCUAGCUCCCUCACUGAUGUGGCUGUAGAGACCCAGCGCCGCAAACACCUGGCCUACCUCAUUGCAGACCAGGGCCAGCUCCUGGGGGCUAGCACCACUACCAGCCUCUCUCAGGUUGUUCGCCGCAGGGCCCAGCGGAGGAAGUCUACCAUUGCCACCCUGCUUUUUGGGGAAGACGACCUAGAAGCACUUAAGGCCAAGAACAUCAAGCAGACAGAGCUGGUGGCAGACCUCCGGGAAGCCAUACUUCGCGUGGCACGCCACUUCCAGUGCACAGACCCCAAAAAUUGCGGUGUGGAGCUAACCCCGGAUUACAGCAUGGAGAGCCACCAGCGGGACCAUGAAAACUAUGUGGCGUGUUCACGCAGCCACCGGCGUCGGGCCAAGGCCCUGCUGGACUUUGAGCGUCACGAUGACGACGAGCUGGGCUUCCGCAAGAAUGACAUCAUCACGAUCAUUUCCCAGAAGGAUGAGCACUGCUGGGUGGGAGAGCUGAAUGGCCUGCGAGGCUGGUUUCCAGCCAAGUUCGUGGAAGUCCUAGAUGAACGGAGCAAGGAGUACUCCAUUGCGGGGGAUGACUCAGUGACAGAAGGCGUCACGGAUCUUGUGCGAGGGACCCUUUGCCCAGCCCUCAAGGCCUUGUUUGAACAUGGACUGAAGAAGCCAUCCCUGCUUGGAGGUGCCUGUCACCCCUGGCUAUUUAUCGAGGAGGCAGCAGGCCGGGAGGUAGAGAGAGACUUCGACUCAGUGUAUUCCCGCCUGGUUCUCUGUAAGACAUACAGGUUGGAUGAAGACGGCAAAGUCUUAACCCCAGAGGAGCUGCUGUACCGGGCUGUGCAGUCUGUGAAUGUGACCCAUGACGCGGCACACGCACAAAUGGACGUCAAGCUCCGCUCACUGAUAUGCGUGGGGCUCAAUGAGCAGGUACUGCACCUGUGGCUGGAGGUGCUCUGUUCUAGCCUGCCAACUGUGGAGAAGUGGUAUCAGCCCUGGUCCUUCCUGCGCAGCCCUGGCUGGGUCCAGAUCAAGUGUGAGCUCCGUGUCCUCUGCUGCUUUGCCUUCAGCCUCUCUCAGGACUGGGAACUCCCUGUGAAAAGAGAGCCCAAGGCCUGUGAGGUGAGGGGCUGUCCCUGUGCACAGGAGGAAAAGCAGCCCCUGAAGGAGGGCGUCCAGGACAUGCUGGUGAAGCACCACCUGUUCAGCUGGGACAUAGAUGGGUGACACACUUCUUCCAGCUGCCCUGUCACACUCCGGCCACCCCCCAACCCACUGGCUACCAAAGAGGCUGGGACUGGGUCUGAGGUGGCCCAGGCCCACCCCAAGCUGCAGGGUCCAGGAAAGAUGCUCUAGGGCCCUGUGAUCAGGAGAUGAGGCUCUUCCACUUCUGGCUCCUCAGAGCAUUACUGGUGGCAAGAAUAGAAGCUGGGUGCCCAACUCAGCCUCUUCCUCCCAAGUGCCUGGGAGGUGGAGAGUUGGGGCUGUGCCUCACCAGGGUCCCUAGAAAAGCUCCAGGCCCCAACUAAAGUUUGUACCAAACAAAAACCUUUUGAGGAAAAGAGAGCUGCAUCUGUGUGUGUCUGACUUUGCUCAGGAAGACGGGGAGAGGUAGUGACGAAAGGCAGAUAAAGGCUCCUUGGCCUCUUUGGUUUGUAAAUAAACCAUCUUUGAGAAA